AUGAGGGAGCCUGAAAUAACUAGGAACCCUAUCCAUAGGGUCAAUAGAGUUGAUAAUGGGUCAGAUAUCCUUAGGCGUCUAGAGGCCUUAGAGUUGAACCAAAGGUCUACCCAAGAGAUGAGUUGUAACAGUGAACCCAGAACCUAUCCAUGUACCAUUUGUGGUGACCAAAGUCAUACUGGACCUAAAUGCCCCCUGUUUUACCCUAGGGAAAUAACCCGUGACCAGGUUAGUGUCCUACAUGGAGGUAUGAACACUAGAUAUGAGGUCCGACCCAAGUUUGAUCCAUAUUCUAAUACCUAUAACCCUGGUUGGAGACAUAACCUUAAUUUUUCGUGGUCUAAAGGUGACUAUCAGGGUGGCCCAUCUAGCAAUACACCACCAGGUUUUCCUAGGAAUCAACCUCAAGCACAAAGUACAGUUGAUCCUAAGAUGAUGUCUUUAGAGGAAUCUAUGAAACUCUUGUCCCAAAGUGUUGUCCAGAAAAACUUGGUAGAACCACCUAAGGAUAGUAGUCCAGCUGAAAAAGAGACUGAGGUUGACCAAACUUCUUCUAAAGACCCAAAUGGGCCUGAGAAUACUAAGAGUCCAAGUGAGGAAGCUACCCCUGAGAGAGUGUACAUACCACCUGCACCAUUUCAUCAGAGACUCCCUAAGAAAAAGCCUAGUACAUAUGCUGAAAUCCUAGACAUCUUUAAGCAAGUUAAGAUCAACCUGCCCUUGUUAGAUGCAAUUAAACAUGUACCGGCUAUGGCCAAGUUCUUAAAAGAGAUGUGCACUGUCAAGAGAGACGCCAGUGUCCGUAAAAAGGCAUUUUUGACCCAACAAGUUAGUUCCAUAAUCUCACAAAAGUACCCAGUCAAAUUUAAAGAUCCUGGUUGUCCUACUGUCACAUGUGUCAUAGGUAAACAAACGAUAGACAAUGCUCUAUUAGAUCUUGGGGCUAGUGUGAAUCUUUUACCGUUCUCGGUAUAUGAACAACUUGGACUAGGUGAGAUGAAACCAACUAGGAUAACACUACAGUUAGCCGAUAGGUCAGUCAAAAUCCCAUGUGGAAUUAUUGAAGACGUUUUGGUUCAAGUAGAAAACUUUAUUUAUCCAGUUGACUUUGUGAUUUUAGACACUCAACCCGUCUCUAGUCAAGAUAUCAAUAUCCCAAUCAUCUUAGGUUGUCCGUUUCUAGCUAAUGCAGUCAUACAUUGUCAAACUGGCCUAGUAGAAUCUUCCUUUAGGAAUCAGAAAAUCUCGGUGAACGUUUUUAAGGCGUUACAAGCCCCACCGGACCCCGAACACUAUGAAUCUAUAUGCAUGAUUGAUUCUCUAGUUGAGAAUACCUUUACCACCAAUAGUGUUAGCGAUCCUUUAGAGGCGUGCUUGGCCCACUUUGGAGCCUACUAUGAUGAGGAUAGUCAUUUUGAAGAAGUUAAUGCGUUGUUAGAUUUUGCGCCAGUAAUGAAUUACGUUAAAUGGCAGCGCAAACCAUAA